UUGGUUUCGUGGAUUCAAUUUCGUUUAAUUCCAGAAAAUAAUCAGUUCUAUUGUGCAGUUGUGUUCUUCUACUUGACGAUAACGUUUUAUUGAUUAAUUGUUUAUAGUUUUCUUUCCUAAUAACUCCUAAAAAAUGACUGAAGUGCAGUUGCAAGAAUUCAAAUUGGACCCAGACUCGGAGCUACGUUUCGAGGUUGAAUCAAAGAAUGAAAAAGUGGUUUUAGAAGUUAAGAGUGGGUAUGCAGAGUUGUUUGGCACGGAGCUGGUGAAAGGGAAGCCUUACGAGUUCCACACGGGGGCGAAGGUAGCCGUGUUCACGUGGCACGGCUGCACGGUGGAGCUCCGGGGACGCACUGAAGUCAGCUAUGUGGCGAAAGAAACUCCUAUGGUCGUAUACUUAAAUGUGCACGCAGCACUUGAGCAACAGAGGGUGGCGGCGGAACAAGAGAAUACACGCGGCCCCGUGACCAUGGUGGUGGGUCCCGGAGACGUGGGCAAGUCCACGCUGACGCGGAUCCUGUUAAACUACGCCGUGCGGAUGGGUCGGAGGCCUAUAUUUGUUGAUUUGGAUGUUGGUCAAGGAAACAUUAGCAUCCCUGGAACUAUAGGUGCAAUGCUGGUAGAAAGGCCUGCGUCUAUCGAAGAAGGUUUCAGCCAACAGGCACCGCUGGUGUACCACUUUGGCCACAAGUCUCCCGGGGAGAACCUGGAGCUUUACAACACCAUUGUCUCGCGGCUAGCCGAAGUCAUCACCGAAAGGUGUGAAAACAAUAAGAAAGCGGCAACUUCAGGAGUUAUAAUCAAUACAUGUGGCUGGAUUAAGAAUGCCGGUUACAAAGUUCUCACACAUGCAGCGCAAGCUUUUGAGGUGACUAUUUCAUACUUCUACUUUAUAAUAUUUUGA